UCGAUACCAUUUUGACUCUAUCGAAACUGCAAAAAAUCCCAACUUUUUCUCUGUCGAUAGUUCACCGUUUUCCCAGUUCAAUCUGUCUUCUCCCAGAUCUCGUCUCUGUACCAAGAAAACAACUUCCUCUCCGGCAAUAUCUCCGUCCAGGGAUUCUAAGUGGCUGAGGUGCAUUUGGCUGGAAGACGGCUGUUUAGCAAAAUAUCUGGUUUUUCAUCCCUCGAGCUCAGUGUUGUAAAACUCGGCCUAGGCGCUAGGUGCCCCUAGGCCAAGUCAAUUAUGGACUUAAUCGGCAUUUACUUACUUGCCUGCCGAUUAGUCGGAUAAAAGCCUACUUGGGCUUUAAAUUUAUUUUUAUUUUUAGGGUUUCACUCAAAAUGAUCUAGUUUUGAGCAAUAGGAAAUGAAUAGUAGACAGCCAAAAAUCAAACGAUUGAAAAAUCUUUCAAGCUCGCAAUGAAGGCUGCCGUUCUGCUGAGUUGCCAACCAUUGCAAGCUCGCAACGACAAGCAACCCAUUGCCCACUCUGUUCACAACUGCCGUCCGCCAUCACCUGGGAGAUCGGACUCGUGGCUUGCCUUUGCUGCUCACCAUCAUCGGACUGGGGUUGCUGGAUUGAGAUAUGGAUGAUACAGUACCCGUUUAUUGUUCCAUUCCCAUGCUCAGCACAUAGUGAAGACAUCAAACUGGGCAUCUUGGGAUUGCAGAAUUUCGAGAUCUAUUGUGUAAGGGUUCUCUGAGUAGUGAAAAAGAUCUGAACUUUAGUACCACUACAAUGGAUGGAUUUCUGGAGAAGCCUUUAGAUAAUAAGGAGCAGUCGUUGAGCCAUGACGAGCUUAUGAUCCGUCGUCUUAAAAACCGAGAACGGCAGCGCAGGUAUAGAGCUCGGAAACGUCUCCAAGCUGAUAUGAAUAAGGCACCUAACAGUGGUUCAAACCAAUAUACUCCACAACAUGCAGAAGUACCAGUGAAGGUCGCUCCCGAGGAGUAUGCAACGCCACUAAACAUUAAAAGGGUUCCCGACUUUCCUGAAAACCAAUGUUCGCCAGUCCUCCUUGAAGUGCCAGUGACAGUCACACAGCAUUAUGAAAUGCCUUUGAAUGCCAUUGCUCAGGAAUGCUCGAGACCAGUAAACGAUACUUGCCAGGUGCCUGUGACCCGCGUCUACUGCUCACGAGAUUGGAAAAGAGAUGCCAGAAAGGCCCGUGCACUAAAGCAGCAAGAAGUUCGCCCCGAGGCCACCCCUAUGCCAGAAUCAACGUCAUCCAAUGGAAGCCAAACUUCUCUACCGCAAGGCAACGAAGCAGACAUGGUACGAAACGACAGAAUCCCCCUUGAUGUCUCUGCACAGGUUAACAAUGAAACACCAAGGUUCACGUCAAGCCGGAGACAUUGGAAAGCAGAGGCUAGAAAUAAGAAAAGCUGAAAUGGUUCUCGUGAGUUGCUUUCUGGACGGUUGACAUAUUUGCAGAAUAUCAUUUCCUUCUGCAAAUAUGGAAAAACAAAUUUAGGUGUAUUGACAUUUUGAGCACUUUUGACUUACCCCUCCUCCAUCUUAGGAGGGGAGGGUCUAUAUAUUGGCUGUUGUAGCCUUUUUCAACUCUCCUAGAUAUGAAUGCAUAUUAAUGCAAAUAUCAAAAGAUUUGGAUCCUCUCAACUGGGACUGCAAGAUCUGUAGAAGUGCCUUAGGAAAAUGGUAUUUCUCAUUCUGUAACUUAAGAUAAAAUCUUGCAUUUCCUGUUACAAUCUCUUUCAAGGGUGUGAGAGAUAUUGGUUGUAUGUACUUUCCCUAUUUGUUAGCUUAGGUGAUCCAUCUUAGACCUUAAUUAGAAGCAAUGGAUCUCAUUAUGUUUGACAA